UAUUACUUUCAAGAAAAAAAAUGGCUGGUAACAAGAAAAGAUCACCAAAGCCUGUUGUAAAUACACCAAAGGAAGAACAAGAAGAAAAAGUGACCUUGCUGGCUGCAGAAUCAAGUCAGAAAAAAUGGAAGAAUUGGUGGGUUAGAACCAUCACUACAUUUAUGAUGAUUGGCACUUUCUUUCUCAUUCUUGCUUCGGGUCAUAUCUGGGUUAUUCUUAUGGUGAUUGCUAUUUCAACAGUUGUGUACAACGAGGUACUUCAAAUAGCUCAGGGCCCUGCUAAAGAUAGUAAUUUCAAGUGGUUCAAGACAAUGAGUUGGUAUUUUUUGGUCACAACAACUUAUUUCUUGUAUGGCGAGUCAAUUAUUUAUUAUUUCCAACAUGUUGUGUUAGUAGACAGAGUGCUUUUACCUUUCGCAACACAUCACCGAUUUAUUAGCUUUGUUCUUUAUGUCAUUGGCUUUGUGUUUUUCGUCACCAAUUUGAAAAAGGGACAAUACAAACGUCAAUUCCGUCAAUUUGGUUGGAUGCAUAUGGCUCUUUUACUCGUCGUGUUUCAAAGUCAUUUCAUUGUCAACAAUAUCCUUGAAGGUUUGAUUUGGUUCUUUAUUCCUACUUCUCUUGUCAUCUGUAACGAUAUUUUCGCUUAUAUUUGUGGUUUCUUUUGGGGUCGUCAUCAAUUGAUUCAAUUAAGUCCUAAAAAAACAAUUGAAGGCUUUGUCGGUGCUUGGAUUUGUACACUUGUGUUUGGCUUUUUGUGGUCUACAUUGUUGAUGCGAUUUGAUUAUAUGAUUUGUCCUGUCAAGGAUUUGUCUAUGUCUGCAUGGUCUCAAAUAGGCUGUGAUCCCGUAAACCCUGUCUUUACUGCUGUCCCCUGGAAAUUACCAGAUUUAUGGAUUACAAUCAUUAAAACUUUGUUCCAUAAAGAAGUAAACAAGGUCUGGAUUGCUCCUGUUCAACUCCAUACUCUUGUUUGGGCUUGUUUUGCUUCUCUUAUUGCUCCAUUUGGUGGUUUCUUUGCUAGUGGUGUCAAACGUGCUUUCAAUGUCAAAGAUUUUGGUCAAAGUAUUCCUGGUCAUGGCGGAAUGACAGAUCGUAUGGACUGUCAAUUCUUGAUGGGCUUUUUUGCCUAUAUCUACUACCAAAGUUUUAUCAAGACAUACAAUUUAAAUGUAGGCUCUAUUUUAGCUUCUGUCAUUAACAACUUAUCGCUCAAUGAUCAAUUGGAGCUUUUGGAACGUAUAUUGACUUACUUUGUGAACCAAGGUAUUCUUGACCCUACUGUGUUACAAAAGUGUGGUUCAAGUGCCUUGACAGACAAUGCUCGUCAAAUCUUGAAGAGUGGAAUUUCUUCUUUGUAAUUUAGUAUUUAUUUCAUAUUAUUACUCUAAUGCUUUUAUACAUAAAUAAUG